GUGAACAUUCUGAUCUAUGGUCCAAGUCAGACAUUUAUAAACCUGUUGUUAAGUGCAAAUAGCUGUAUCAGAAGCAAAUGGAAGGCCAAAGAUGUUGCUGGCCUGCUCUUGAAUGGUGGGGGAACCUCGUGACAAAGAAUAUGGAAAAAGCUGAGGUGCUCGAUACCAUGUUUUCUUCAGCCUUUACUGGCACAGUCUACUUUCAUGCCUUGAAGGCCUGUGUGCCUAGUGGCAGAGUUUGGAGAGAAGAUGUGCUACUAAAGGCAUACAACACAAAAGUUGUGGUUCCCUUGAGCAAACCUGACAUAAACAACUCUAUAGGACCAGACAGGAUGCAUCCAAGGGAGCUGAAGAAGCCAGCUCAUGUCAGUGCUGUACCACUCUGUCAUCUUCGAACAUUCAUGACAAUCAGAUGAAAUCACAGAAGAUUGGAAAAAGGCAAAUGACUUGCCAUCUCCUAAAAGGAAAGAAAAAGAAGCCAGGGAACUGCACUGUGAUCAGCUUCACCGCAGUCACUGAAGAUAAAGGAAUGUGCCUUCCUCGAAGCUAUGUCUGGGGUGGCACGCCAUGCCUGACUGGCCUGGUUGUCCUCUGUGGUGAGGUAACUGGACAAUAGGAGAGCAGUAGAUAGCAUUUGCUUUAACUUUAGUAGGGCUUUUGGCACAGUCUUCUGUUACAUUCUUUUAGCCAGAUUGAGGAGAUGAAGAUUGGACAGUGGGCUGCUAGAUGGGUGAAAACCGGUCUCUCGUCUUCUUGGCUCAGAUGGUAGUGGUCAGCAGUUCAGUUGAACUAACAUCUGUUUACAAGUGACAUUUCUCAAGGGUCCGUACCAGAGCUGUUGCAGUUUAGUGGCUUUGUUAACAAUAUGGCCGUUGAUGAUGGCCAAUCUGUCUGACACUUUUGAAGCUACAUCUGUGUCUAAUUUUGUGCUCCUCAUUUACAAGAGCGAGUGCAGUGAAGAACCACCAGGAUGAAUAGGGUCCUGGAGCAUGUGAUGUAUGAAGAGAGGCCGAGGACGCUGGUUUUGUUCAGUUUGGAGAGAGCACUUUGAAGGGGGAUCUAAUUGCUGUGUUUCAUUACCCAUGUGCAGGUUAAGGAGAGUGUGGAGCUAGAUUUCUCUUCAAGGUGCACAGCAAGAAAAGAAGCAAUAGGUGCAAAUUGCAGCAAAGAAAAAUUUGAGUAUAAGGAAAAGAUUUCUCACAGUGAAGGAGAGUAAGCAGUCUGGAGAGUAAACAGCUGCCUGAAGAGGCUGUAGAAUCUCUGCCCUUGGGGAUAUUCAGUAUUUGGAUGGAGUCAGCCCUGAGCAACCUGAACAAAGUUAGCCUUGCUUUAAGCAGGCUUUGGACUAGAGACCUCUAGAGGUCCUUUCCAACCUAGUUGUUUAGUCAUUCUAAAUUCUGUGAUCUAGGGAGUGUGAAAAGGGGAAGGAUGUUGAACAGUGCUUCUACAAUGAGAUUCCCACUGCUGCCUCUUAAUACAGCUUGGGGGGAAAAAAGAAAACAAAACAGCUGUGUAUUGAUCUGGUAGUGCAGCUACUCCAGUAGCUAAAAUCUUAGCAUGAGCAAAAUCUGUAAAUGCUUUUUUUAAACGACCUUGAAAUUAAUGAAACAAUCUUGAGAUAAUUACCUGGGUGGUUAUGCAAGUUCACAGAGUGAUACAGGAAACAUUAUAACCAUGCAUUUUAACAGCCGAUUGGCUGCAUCACCAUUUUCUAUACAAGGAAGCUUUGGAACUCUACCAUGUUAUUUUCAACUCUGGCAAUAUAUAAUGUAAAUCAUAUUCCUUUAUAAAUGCAAUAUAUUCACGUAUCAAACAAUAUUUAAGUGAUAUAUUUAAGGGUUGUUUUUACUAUCCCAUUUCCAUAGAAACCUUACCAUGUAUCUAUGUGUAUGCUAGCCAGUUUUAAUUUAUCUAAUUGGGUAAUGCAAUCUCCCAUUGCAUUCUUCUCUAAUUGCAGCAAGACAGCUCCUCUGAAGGGCUUCUGUUCCACUGUUCAACUCCCUUGACUGUAUUACAGACUGGAGCUUGUUAAAAAGCACAUCUCCAAGAGCAAGCAUUCAGCAUAAAAGCUGGACGUCUCCUCUCGCACAUUCCGUAUCAGCUUUACACCAAGCAGUCAAGUGUUCAAAAAGGUCUCAAUUUUAAUAGCAUAUGCAAACCUGAAGAUGCCAUGCCAGGUCCAAGCAAUAUAGCUAAAGAUCUCAACAGGGUAAAUCAUACUAAGUGUGAGGUGGAAAGUGAGAUCACACCCAAUGGAACAAGUAGCUGGAAUGAAGAAGAGGAAGAAGAUGAUGGCAGUUUGGCAUUUACGGAGCUGGAGCAGAUCCUUCCUGGAAGGAAACAAAAUGGAAUUCUGUCUCAGAAGGACAGCACUGCCAUUUUUAACGGACACACACACAACACUUGUACCAGUGCCUUAAAGACGCAGGAUUGCUUGGUGCCCUCCAGCAACAGUGUUGCGAGUAGGUUCUCUCCAGGCCCUGUGCAGGAGGAGGACAAGACUGAAAAAGGCAUGGUUGACUUCAGAGACUGCACAACGCAGCAGUUGCAGCAAAGCAACAAAAAUACAGACUUUUCGUGGAAUCCACAUAGGACUAUGAGUAAUUCAUCCUCGUCUUUGCACAGUAAUACUAAAAUAAAUGGUGCUCACCACUCCACUGUUCAGGGGCCUUCAAGCACAAAAAGCACUUCUGUACCUAAUCCUAGCAAGGCAGCUUCCUUACCUGUGUCCAAACCUUCAGAUUGUAGUUUCAUUUCUGACUUUUAUUCACGUUCAAGACUACAUCAUAUAUCAACGUGGAAGUGUGAAUUGACUGAGUUUGUCAACAGCCUGCAGAGAAUAAACAGUGGUGUCUUUCCAGGAAGGGAAAAAUUAAAAAAAUGGAAAGCAGGCAGGUCUGCACUUAAAACUGACACAGGUAAUGUGUCUGUUGCGAGCUCAGCCAAGCCACAGAGCUGUAUAAUGCACGUGGAUAUGGAUUGCUUCUUUGUGUCUGUGGCUACCCGAAAUAGACCCGAUCUCAAAGGAAAGCCAGUAGCUGUGACUAGCAACAGAGGUGCAGGAAAGGCACCGCUGCGCCCUGGUGCAAACCCCCAGCUUGAAAGGCAAUAUUACCAGAAUAAGCUAUUGAAUGGCAAAGCAGCAGAAAUUAGAGUACCUGAUAAGCUGGACUCACCAUUCUGGGAGCAUCCGGAUUCCACGCACAUGAAUGGAGGUGACUUCAAUCAGACAGUUCUGUCCAUGGCUGAAAUUGCUUCUUGUAGUUACGAAGCCAGACAAGUCGGCAUAAAGAAUGGAAUGUUUUUUGGCCAAGCAAAAAAGUUGUGUCCAAAUCUUCAAGCAGUUUCAUAUGAUUUUAAUGCAUACAAAGAAGUUGCACAGACAGUGUAUGAAAUACUAGCAAGCUAUACUCAUAACAUCGAAGCAGUCAGUUGUGAUGAAGCACUAGUAGAUAUCACUGAAAUCCUUACAGAGACCAGAUUGACUCCUGAUGAGUUUGCAAAUGCUAUCCGCACCGAAAUCAAAGCCCAAACUAAAUGCACUGCUUCUGUUGGGAUGGGUUCGAAUAUUCUGCUGGCCAGAAUGGCAACUCGUAAAGCAAAACCAGAUGGACAGUAUCACUUAAAACCAGAAGAAGUGGAUGAUUUUAUCAGAGGUCAACUUGUUACCAGUCUUCCAGGAGUUGGCAGGUCGAUGGAAUCUAAGCUGGCUUCUUUGGGAAUUAGAACCUGUGGAGAUCUGCAGUGUGCUUCGAUGUCAAAACUGCAAAAAGAAUUUGGUCCAAAAACAGGACAAAUGCUCUACAGGUUUUGUCGUGGUUUAGAUGAUCGACCUGUUCGCACAGAAAAAGAAAGAAAAUCUGUUUCAGCGGAAAUCAACUAUGGAAUAAGGUUUACACAGCCUAAGGAAGCAGAGGCUUUCCUUCUGAGCCUCUCAGAAGAAAUCCAACGUAGACUUGAAGCUGCUGGUAUGAAGGGUAAACGACUGACCCUUAAGAUCAUGGUCAGAAAGGCUGGGGCACCAGUGGAGCCUGCAAAAUACGGAGGUCAUGGAAUCUGUGAUAAUAUUGCCAGGACUGUGACUCUAGACCAUGCAACAGACAGUGCAAAAAUAAUUGGAAAAGAAACUCUAAACAUGUUUCACACAAUGAAACUGAACAUAUCUGAUAUGCGAGGGGUUGGAAUUCAGGUACAGCAGUUAGUUCCCAUCAGUAAAACCACUUCGGCUCAUUCAGCAGUACAAUCUGGACACUUACCUGGUGGAUCACAUUCAGUUAUUGAUCUUUUUCAUGUUCAGAAAGCAAAAAAGUGCUCAGAAGAAGAACAUAAGGAAGUAUUUGUUGCUGCUAUGGACCUUGAAAUAUCUUCUGAUUCAAGAACUUGCACUUUUCUUCCGUCUCGUGGUACCCAUCUCACGUCUGGUCUCAAUUCUAAUGUUAACAAGACUGAGUCUGCUGUCAAAUGCAAUGGCUUGCAUACUCCUAUCAGCGUAAAAUCCAGGCUUAAUUUGAGUAUUGAGGUUCCUUCUGCUUCCCAGCUAGAUAAGUCUGUGCUAGAAGCUCUGCCACCUGAUCUCCGAGAACAAGUAGAGCAAAUAUACACCAUUCAGCAAGGAGAGACUUAUGGAGAGAGCAAAAAAGAGCCAAUAAAUGGAUGUAGCACUGCACUUCUCUCACAACCAGUUGGAACAGUGCUUUUACAAGUACCAGAGCUCCAAGAACCAAAUGCCAAUGUGGGAAUUAAUGUAAUUGCCUUGCCAGCUUUCUCACAGGUGGACCCUGAGGUUUUUGCUGCGCUACCUGCUGAGCUGCAAGCAGAACUGAGAGAUGCAUAUGAUCAAAGGCAAAAGCAACUAGAACAGCAACCUGCUAAUACUUCUGUAUCCAAAAAUCCUUGCCUACACCUGAAGCAUGCAACAAUGAAAAACAAGAAAAAAAUCAGGAAAAAAAAUCCGGUCAGUCCUGCAAAAAAGAUUCAGAGUCCUUUGAAAAACAAACUCCUGGGUAGCCCUGCAAAAAACAUGCCAGCUACAUCUGGAAGCCCACAGAAGCUAAUAGAUAGCUUUUUGAAACAGGAAGGAACAGCUGCUCAGCUGGAAGCAGUUCCAUCGACUUCAGAUUGUUCAGGCCCAUCAGCUCUGCAGACUGAACAGCCUGGUUCGUUCAGGCCACAGGCACCCAACCUAGCUGGAGCUGUUGAAUUCAAUGACGUAAAGACGUUGUUGAAAGAAUGGAUAACAACUAUUUCAGAUCCUAUGGAAGAAGACAUUCUACAGGUUGUGAAGUAUUGUACUGAUCUAAUAGAAGAAAAAGAUUUGGAAAAGUUAGAUCUGGUGGUUAAAUACAUGAAAAGGUUAAUGCAAUCAUCCGUGGAAUCAGUUUGGAAUAUGGCAUUUGACUUCAUUCUUGACAAUGUUCAGGUAGUUUUACAACAAACUUACGGAAGCACAUUAAAAGUUAUCUGAACUUGUAGUAAAGAGCUUGAUGAGAGCCUGGAGCUCUCUGCUAGCUGUGCCAUAAGUGCUUGUGAGGUAUUUGCAAAGUGCAUGAUAGUAAUGCCCUGAGUUUUUAUAAUUUCAAAUUUCUUUUUAAACAACAAAGUGUUUUGUACAUUUCUUUUCAGAAAGUGCCAAAUUUGUCAGUAUUGCAUGUAAAUAAUUGUGUUAAAAUUCUUUUAUUGUAGUAUAGAAUCUAUUUACAAAAUGUUUGUUUAUAAAGUUUUAUGGAUUUUUACAGUGAAGUGUUUACAGUUGUUUAAUAAAGAACU